AAUAAAAAGCUAAAAGACAUGACAUCUGGGAGUCGAAAAACAAAACUAGUGCCAUAUAAAUACGCCGAAAGCUUAUCAUUUUUGGACCAGUUUCUAAAUACACAAACAUCCAAGAGAAAGAUUCAAUCCUCAGAACGUAAAUAACUCUGGCCAUGAUUCCAACAACAACACACGCACGAUUCCGGAAAUUGAUCUUACAAAUGAUUCAUCUGCUUCAUCUUCUUUCAAUAGCAACAUAUAUAACAGUGACCAUGAUUCCAGCAACAACAACAACACACCCAUGCCUACGGAAAUUGAUCUUAUAAGUGAUUCAUCUGCUUCAUCUUCUUUCAAUAGCAACAUAAAUAACAGUGACCAUGAUUCCAGCAACAACAACAAACACACCCAUGCAUAUCGAAAAAGGACUAGAAAGGAUUCAUCCGUUCCUCUCGCAAGCAACUUAAAAACAGAUCGUAGUGAAUACUUAACACGGGCAUUUAUCAAAAUUUUGAAGGAAGAAACUGCCAUUUGGAAAACUGAUACUGAGCAAUACAAAGAUCCAAAUGAAAGAAAAAAGUCGUGGAAAAGUCUUUUGGCAAAAUAUAGAAAGAUCGAUAAAAAUACGAGAAUGGAAAGGGUUCAAAAGAAAUAUAACGUAAUUCUAAAUGCUUAUAAAAGAGAACUAGAAAAAGUCCACACAAAUGAGAAUCUGGUACCAACAUUGUCGUACUUUGAACAUAUAAAUUUUUUGCGUAAUUAUUUGAAUGACCUACUUAAAAAAGAAAGUCAAGAUUUAAAAACAGAUCGUAGUGAAUACUUAACACGGGCAUUUAUCGAAAUUUUGAAGGAAGAAACUGCCAUUUGGAAAACUGAUACUGAGCAAUACAAGAUCUAA